GUCAGCAGCUGGCGGGGGCCAGAAUGGAGCUGGAGGAAGGGGACAGGCUCUUGUCCGCCUCCUCGGACGGAGACCGGAGAGAAGAAAAGAAAUUAAAAGGAGGAAUUUCCCAAGACUUGACUUCUGCCCCCAAAUUAGACAGAUACAAAAUAGCAAAGCAACUGACAGAAAAGGCAAUCAAGGAGAAGAAGAUUUUCUCCAUCUACGGACACUACCCGGUGGUGCGUGCCGCCCUGCGGAGCAGGGGCUGGGUGGAGAAGAAACUCCCCUUCCUGCCCAAGGCCGCUGCCGGCGCCCAGGACGGAUGUGACGGGCGGGCUGAAAGUAAACGUGCCGAAGGCAAAGAAAACCGAGAAGAGGCUUUGGGGAAGACAGAGGACAUCCAUGAUGCGAUGGCCAGGUUGGUAAAAAACGAAAUGCCAUACUUGCUGUGGACCAUCAAAAGGGACAUCAUCGACUGUCACAGCUUGCAUUGCGACCAGAUGCUGAAUCACUACCGGAAGACAGCUUCCUUUACCACCAAGAUUGGGCUGUGCUUGAACUUGAGGAGCCUGCCUUGGUACGUCCAGGCCGACCCCGAUACCUUCUUCCCACGCUGCUACAGCCUCUGCGCUGAGAGCGAGAAGCAGGCAUUCCUGGAUGAUUUCCGGCUCACGAUGGCCUCCAGCAUUCUCAAGUGGGUGGUCAACCAGCAGAACAGCAGCAGAAGCAAAGCCAGGAGCCAAGUCGGGGAGGCCAGUGACAGUGACCCCAACCUUGAGACAGGUCCUGAGAAUGCCGACUCGGAGCUCACGGGCCUCUCGGGGCAGCUCGUGGACAUGGCGUGUAGGGUGUGCCAGGACUACCUGGGGCAGCUGGAGCACGAGGACAUCGACGUCUCCGAGGACGCUGCCAAGGACCUGACGGAGGACGAGUGGAAGGACCUGACCCAGCAGUACUACUCACUCAUUCGCGGUGACGCUUACAUCUCCAAUUCAGAAAAUCACUUCUCACAGUGCCAGGCUCUGCUGAAUAAAAUCUCAUCCGUGAACCCUCAGAUGGAGAUCGACGGGCUUCAAAACAUCUGGAUUGUCAAGCCCGCAGCCAAGUCCCGGGGCCGAGACAUAGUGUGCAUGAACCGCGUGGAGGAGAUCCUGGAGCUGGAGGCCCCAGACCACCUCCCUGCCAAGGACAGCAAGUGGGUGGUGCAGAAGUACAUCGAGACGCCCCUGCUCAUCUAUGACACCAAGUUCGACAUCAGGCAGUGGUUCCUGGUCACCGACUGGAACCCCCUGACCAUCUGGUUCUACAAGGAGAGCUACCUGCGGUUCUCCACGCGGCGCUUCUCCCUGGACGAUCUGGACAGUGCCAUCCACCUGUGUAACAACUCCAUCCAGAAGCACCUGAAAAACGACAGGGGCCGCAGCACGCUGCUGCCGCAACACAACAUGUGGACCAGCAGCCGGUUCCGGCAGUACCUGCAGCAGAGGGGCCAGGGGUCUGCGUGGGGCGGCGUCAUCUAUCCGUCCAUGAAGCAGGCUGUGGCCGACACCAUGCAGAUGGCCCAGAGCCGUGUGGAGCCGCGUCAGAACAGCUUCGAGCUCUACGGCGCCGACUUCGUGCUCGGGCACGACUUCAGGCCCUGGCUCAUUGAGAUCAACUCCAGCCCCACCAUGCACGCGUCCACGCCUGUCACCGCCCAGCUCUGUGCGCAGGUACAGGAGGAUGUCAUCAGGGUGGUGGUGGGCCGCAGGGACGGCCACUGCUGUGACGUCGGCAACUUCGAGCUGCUGUGCAGACAGGUGGGGGUGCUCAGCUGGGGCCGAGGGAGGCGGGGGAACACCUGUGAUCCUGCCCAGGGAAGCCACACAAGGCCCCAGCCCUGCCUGGCCAGGAGGACCGUAGUCUCGCCCUCAAGCCGGGUGUCCCGAGGGCCUGGUGCCUCCUGGGGGCCACCUCAUGCAAACCAGGCAAAGGGGUCACUCCAGACUGCCCGGGGGCUCCCCUAG